GUGUUUGAUUUCAAUUUUUAAUAUUGACUUAAAAAUUUGUCGGUUUUUUAAUGAAUAAUAAUUAUUUUAAAAGUUGAAUAUUAAUAAUAAUAUAAAUAAAAUGUUGUCAAGAUCAGCAAUAUGUAUGAAUCAUCGUAUAUUAUCAAAAAAACUUGUAUCUUCACAGGAUAUUAUGACAUACCGAUCAAUUCAUAUGACAUACAGAAUAACAAGUGGUUUAAAAAAUAAAAAUAUACUGAAUAAAUUAUCAAGGUACUCACCAUUACUGAGUUCAUCAUUUGUUCGAAGCAUCAGUGAUAAUUCAUCAAAUAAUGUUGAAACACAAACAGCAUUACCAUCAUCACCAUCGUCAGGUAUUGAUCAAGCCAUUCAAGAAACCCAAGAAUCAACAGCAACAUCAGCUAUUAUCAACAAUAUAACACCAGAAUCAGUACCAACUAAUUUAUUUGAUAAAAUACCAGAUGCUCCAUUGCCACCAGUUGUUGAAGCAAUUGACAUAAUAAAAGAUGCUGGUGAAGCAAGUUUUGCAUCAAUUGGUCUUGGUGGAUGGUCACCAGUUGGUAUUGUUCAACAACUGUUAGAAUUUGUACAUAUUGGCUGGGGUAUACCAUGGUGGGGAACAAUUGCACUUGGUACUAUUUGUGUUAGAUCACUUAUGUUUCCUCUAGUUAUUUUGGCACAACGUAAUGCUGCUAAAAUGCAUAAUUCAUUACCUGGAAUGCAAAAAAUACAAGAAAAAAUAACAGAGGCUAGAAAUUGUGGUGAUAAUAUGGAAGCUGCUAGAGCAACUCAAGAAUUGAUGUGGUACAUGAGCAGUCAUGGUUGUAAUCCAAUGAAAAAUUUGAUUGUUCCAAUCUGCCAGGCACCAGUAUUUAUAUCAUUCUUUUUUGCAUUAAAAGGAAUGGCUAAUUUACCAGUUGACAGUAUGAGACAUGGUGGUCUUUGGUGGUUUACUGAUUUAACUAUACCUGAUCCAUAUUACAUAUUGCCAGUAGUAACAGCAGCAUCAUUGGGACUUAUAUUAAAAAUUGGUGUUGAUGGACCAAAGCUUGAAUCAAUGGGAGCUCUCAGAUAUAUUAUACAAGCAUUACCAUUUAUUAUUCUUCCAUUUACUGUUAAUUUUCCUGGUGCUAUCGUUUGGUACUGGACAUCAACAAAUUUAUUUUCCAUGGCACAAGUUGGUAUACUUAGAAUACCAAAAGUACGUAAUUUUUUUAAAAUAGCUGCACAAGUUGAACAUCCACCAUCUGUAUUAAAACCAAAAAAAAAUAUGAAACAAGGACUUCAAGAAUCUUGGACAAACAUGAGAUUGGCUAGAGAAUUGGCUGAUCGUCAGUCACUUGAUAGAAUGCAAUUUCAUAAAGCUGGACGUGGACCUAUUGAAAAAACAUAUUCAUAUAAUCCAACAGAAUUACAUAAAAAUAAAAAAGAAUAAUCUAUUAAUAACAAUUAUUAAUAAUAAUAAAAAAAAAAAGAUCUUUAAAAUGAUUUUGUACAGUUUUUAACACAAAAAUUAAAAUAAAUAGUUGACAAUGAUGAUGAAAAUUAAUUUUCAAUUUUUUUAUUCAACUAAUAAUAAUAUUAUGUAAUAAUAAAAAUA